AGCUGUGAUAACACCACAUGAAUACGGGAGUCGGGCUCGUCCGGGAGAACGUGGCUCCUAAGUAUCGGCCCCUCUCUGGAGAUAAUGAUGUGUUUCUCUCUGGGUCGCAUCCUGCUCACCGAUUUCUCCAGCAUCGUCGGUGGAAGGAAGCCGCAGCCUCUUGCUACUCGUCCCCGGCAGUGAGCAGCGGCUUCCCGGGGCUCGUCAGCGUCGACGCGCCGGUCGCCGAUUACGAGCAGAGAUGUCUGCCGAAGAAACGAGCGCGUCGACGUGGAGGAAAAGGACGUUAAGGUACAAAAGACCCGGUCCGUGUUGCUGUGAAAACAUGCUCUUCGGGAUGGGAAAUCCCUUGCUCGACAUUUCAGCUGUAGUGGACAAAGAUUUCCUUGACAAGUUUGGCCUGAAGCCCAAUGACCAGAUCCUCGCUGAAGACAAACACAAAGCCCUGUUCGAAGAAAUCGUCAAGAGGAACAAAGUUGAGUACCACGCCGGUGGCUCGACCCAGAACUCGGUGAAAAUCGCCCAGUGGAUGAUCCAGGAGCCCCACAAGGUGGCCACGUUCUUCGGGUGCAUCGGCGCCGACCACUUCGGCAAGAUCCUGAAGAAGAAGGCCGAGGAGGCCCACGUGGACGCCCACUACUACGAGCAGAGCGAGGAGCCCACCGGCACCUGCGCCGCCUGCAUCACAGGGGACAAUAGGUCCCUUGUUGCUAACCUGGCAGCGGCAAACUGCUACAAAAAGGAAAAACACCUGGACUUGGACAGCAACUGGGAGCUGGUGAAGAAAGCCAAGGUCUAUUAUAUUGCGGGCUUCUUCCUGACCGUGUCCCCGGAGUCGAUCAUCAAGGUAGCGAAGCACGCCUCAGACAACAACAAGAUCUUCUGCAUGAACCUCUCGGCUCCGUUCAUCAGCCAGUUCUUUAAGGAGCCGCUGAUGAAAGUCAUGCCCUACGUCGACAUCCUGUUUGGCAACGAGACGGAAGCGGCCACCUUUGCCAGCGUGCUGGGCUUUGAGACCGACGACAUUGCGGAGAUCGCGAAGAGGACCCAGGAGCUCCCCAAGGAGAACCCGGACAGGCGGCGAGUGGUGGUCUUCACCCAGGGCAAGGACGACACCGUCGCAACCGUCGGGGAGAAGGUGACCAUGUUCCCCGUUCUGGACAUCGACCAGAACGAUAUUGUGGACACUAACGGAGCAGGAGACGCCUUCGUGGGAGGAUUCCUCUCGGCGUUGGUCCAGGAGCACGCGCUGGAGGAGUGCAUCCGGGCCGGGCACUACGCCGCCCACGUCAUCAUCAGACGAGUCGGAUGCACCUUCCCGGAGAAACCAGAAUAUCACUGAUGCGCCACAUCUCAUUUCCAUCAAAUCCUUGUGAAUGUAUGCUCUGGAAUUUUUAUGUACAUUUUUUUUCUAUUUACAGCAACUGACUGACUUUAUGUGACUAAGUGCAGCAACAUGGAUGCAUCAAGCUCCAAUGUUUUAAUACAAUUGAUCCAAUGUACUAGCAUAAAAUAUUACAGUAAUAUGACUGUGUUUAAAGGAGCAUUCCAUUUAAAAUCUGUCUACGAUUAGAAACUGAACCUGCAGGUGGAGAUCAACAACAAGUUGUAUCCCUAUUCAUGCUGUUGCUGCACUUAAAAGGUAGCGGCGUGUGAUAUUUUGGCUAAAGCUGCAGACUGGACGGGCGGACGAGCGCAUCAUCCCGCGGGAUAUGUUCCAAAAGUAAGAUUUAAGUUAGUGUCUCGCUCCUUCACGGAGGAGUCAACGAUCAAUUCUAGUCGUGACCCAGAGUCAAGGCCGAAAACAAAACAAAAAACACUCAAACUUUUGCAAACCUCUCCUGCAACUCUAUUAAUCAUUAGGCUCAGAAUGUUAUUGCUUCACCAAUAAACUGCUAAUUAGACUCUUAUGAGUUAUGAGGAUGCAGCAGCGUGGCACAGAAGUGGUGUGUUUGGCAGUGAAGCCCACGAGUGUCAUCAUUCACAAACUUUUUACAGCCUCCUUUCAGGCCUGCAGGGGCUGAGUGCUGCCACAUUAUGCACUACAGAAUAGAUUACAUUUUCAGUUGAGUAUUACUUUAAUAAGAAGCUGUGGAGAUCAUGAAUUGGGUCCCGUUAUCUGACAGUUUUAAUGAAAAGGAUGUUUUUUUUGGGUUAUUACACAAAUAAAACGGUUUAAAAUACA